UUCUGCUGAAGCAGCAGAGAUUGGAUCGGAUAGAAUCUGUCAAAUUCAAACGAACCCAACUUGAGAUAAUCAUCUGUUCCGAACUUUCGACCUGAACAGAGGUAUAAAAACGCGUUCUCAUAUCUUAUCCUCCACCCACUCCCCCUGUGCCCCCUCCUCCAGCUCGUGUCGGACUCGCAAGGCUUUUUGACUUGGCACAGCUCCUAGGAAAAGAGCGGGCUCUUUAGAGUGCUCUGAGAGAAAAAAGUAGCAAAAAUGGGCAAAGGAGGCAUGUCUCGCGAGAAUGGUGAAGAAGAGAACAUGGCUGCUUGGCUCGUUGCUGUCAACACCCUCAAGAUUCAACCCUUCACUCUCCCUCCACUUGGCCCCCAUGAUGUCAGAGUCAGGAUGAAGGCUGUUGGUAUAUGUGGGAGUGACGUUCACUAUCUGAAGACGCUAAGAUGCGCGCAUUUCGUGGUGAAAGAGCCUAUGGUGAUCGGGCAUGAGUGUGCAGGGAUCAUAGAAGAAGUGGGGAGUGAAGUCAAGACAUUGGUUCCGGGUGAUCGAGUGGCGCUAGAGCCAGGGAUCAGCUGUUGGCGUUGUGAUCAUUGUAAAGAAGGCCGAUACAAUCUCUGUCCUGACAUGAAGUUCUUUGCCACUCCUCCUGUACAUGGUUCUCUUGCCAAUCAGGUGGUGCAUCCUGCAGACCUUUGUUUCAAGCUUCCAGACAAUGUGAGCUUGGAGGAAGGGGCAAUGUGCGAGCCCCUGAGUGUUGGAGUUCAUGCUUGUCGCCGAGCUAAUGUCGGUCCAGAGACAAAUGUUUUGGUAAUGGGUGCAGGGCCUAUAGGGCUUGUUACUAUGCUAGCUGCCCGUGCUUUUGGAGCACCCAGAAUUGUCAUUGUGGAUGUUGAUGACCACCGCUUAUCAGUUGCAAAGGAUCUGGGUGCAGAUAAUAUCGUGAAAGUUUCUACAGAUAUGAAGGACAUACCUGAAGAGGUGGCGCUGAUACAAAAAGCAAUGGCAACAGAGAUUGACGUGAUCUUUGACUGUGCCGGUUUUAAUAAAACUAUGUCAACGGCAUUGAAUGCCACUCGAUCUGGCGGCAAAGUUUGCCUCGUGGGAAUGGGUCAUAACGAGAUGACUGUCCCGCUAACUCCCGCUGCUGCAAGGGAGGUUGAUGUGAUUGGAAUAUUCCGAUACAAGAACACAUGGCCUCUCUGCCUCGAGUUUCUAAGGAGCGGCAAGAUAGAUGUGAAGCCCCUCAUAACCCACAGGUUUGGGUUCUCCCAGAAGGAAGUUGAAGAUGCCUUUGAGACGAGCGCUCGUGGCAGCAAAGCCAUCAAGGUCAUGUUUAAUCUGUGAGGACAGAAUCGUGCCACGAAAUUUUCAUCACAAAGUGAAGUGUCUUAGUUGUGACAUCUAAAUAGCUGCAACGAAUAACAGUAACAAGUCUACGGGCAUCCACAUGUUCGAUACCUAAUAACGUGGAGCCUAGAAUAGUUAUUAGACCAUAAGGGCGUGUCUGAAUGCAUGAUGAAAUGGUGUGCCCUAUCUUCAGCCUGUUCGUCCAGUGUUAUCAUCUGCUGUGGUUGGAAAAACCCGGCGGUGCUACAUGUAUCGGUGGACUAUAGCUAGUGAAGUUUGCUAUUUAAGCGGGAAUAUCAUGCCGUGAUUUCUAUAAAAA